GCCGGCUUCCCCAUUUAUCACUUAGUGAGAGGAUACUUUGACUCAGUAUAGACACAAUAACAGACACUUUAGGGUGCGUUGUGGCAGUGCCGGUCUUUUGCAGACAUAACUACCGUUUUGUCUAGUUGGCUUCCUUGAUCUAAGGGGCUGGUUACUCUAAGCCUGGAUCGUGUUGUGUUUGGAGACAUACUGAGAUAAAGAAGUUGUCGACAGCCCCCGCCUGGCAGGGACAACCUUCAAGACAGAAGACGGGCACAUCUCAAGAGGAUGGAUGAGCCAUUGAGAAAGAGGGAUGUUUUUUGCAAGUGUUUAACAAGUUUUGUCAUCAAAUGUUUUCUGAUCUGCACGACUGCCAUAUGUGUUGUUGGCGGCUUGGUGAUCAUUAUUGGUUCCAUAUGGCUGAUGACAGACUCAUCAGCAGCGGAGGAUGUCGAGGACCAGGAGGGCAUCCAGGGGAUCCGGAAUGGUGCCGCUGUCUUCUUAUGUGGAGGGAUUGCUGUUUUCCUUAUCAAUGGUACAGGAUGUCUCGGUGCAAUCUUAAAGAACCCUAAACUACCACUUGCAUUCAUCAUCCUGGUUGGCUUCAUACUCGUCAUCCCGGAGAUCAUCCUGAUCAUCUGGUUCAUUGUGAACCAAGGCCAGGUGGUGGCGCUCACAGAUGAGGUGGUCUCGAGGAACAUCCAGGGAUUCAUCAUUUACAACCGGACGGACUCCAGGAUAUUCAUGACCAACAUACAAAAAACGCUGAAGUGCUGUGGCUUUCAAGGCAUAAGUGAUUAUAUGACCGACCCACAGCGGGACACCUGCAAGAAACCCCGUCCACAGACAGGGUAUUACAUCACAGGAUGCAAGCACAGCCUCGCCAAAAUGUUCCGGGAGAAUCUCGCAAUCAUUGGCUCAAUCGAAAUCUUACAUCUCAUAAUAAGCAUAUUCGCGAUGAUUGCCGCUUGGAAACUUCGAAAGCAAAUCUUGAAGGUGGCUUCAAAGGUUACAGAUGAUGUAACAUUGGAGGCAAUGACUCCACGUGAGAAGUCUUCGGACCAUUAGGUGUAAUUCAAGGCCUAAUUUCGGUGCAGUUCUGGACAUUUUGCAGCCCUUUUGUCCUGAUCAAGCUCCAAGGAUGUUGGCAAAACAGAUCCAAAGGACAACAUCACAGUUGGGAAUACCAUUCAUGGACUUAAGGACAUUCCAGAUCAGGAAGUUUAGUAGUAUGAUAUCAUAUUCCAGAAGUCUUCAAAUGUAGGAAGCCAGGGUUUGUUUGGACAGCACACAUCCCUCACCACUACAUCAAUACAGCAUGUGAACCAUGCGGGGUCACUUCUCAAAUAACCACUGGUGCCAAGUGGAGUUUCCCUGCAGCCGGAAAAUACUCCUGUAGAUUCAUAGAUUGAUACACGAUCAUUCCACAUCAUGACAGCAUGACCAAUGAGAUGAUUCAUUAUGCCUGCCAUUUUAAGGAUGACGUCACACACUCGUGUUGGUGCAAUGAAGACAUCAUGCGCAGUGACAAACUCUCUAAGCCAAUCAGCGCUUGAUGCUAUAACAUGUGACCUGGAUGAUGAGACCUUGACCGUCCAAGGAGAAGACGCAUCGAAUAAGCACACAGACAUGAACACAUGGCCUACAUGAGCGACAUUCCUCUGUGCUGCCACCUUGUGAGUUACUUGGUACCAAUCAAGUGGAAUCACUCCUUGACAUCUCUUUAAAAUCAACAAAGGAAGAGAGUGAUUAUCAUUCAUUUAGAUUAAAAUUGUUUAUUGACAAAGCCUUUCAUCAAUCUGCAAUAUAUAUUUACACAGAUGGGCUGACCGUUAUUCUUACAAUACAACAUCAGAGUCCCUGACAGAUCUACAGCGGAGCCAAAUAAAGCACACCUCCUCUACAAAUAGCUUCCGCUCUGAGUCAUUGGCAGUUUUUAGAAAAUAUGGAAACUGGAAAAACUUCCAUUCACAUUUUUAACCGAAUAACUUAGUUCUGAGGGAAAGAACUUGAAUCUCUUAUAUAAGACUGCUUAUAUCUUAGACUUACUAACCAACAAUAUACGAACAGUUCCAUUUUAAAUACAUGUAUAUACAAAGGAGAAAUGCAUCUGAA